AAUUUGUGGAACAACUUGGACCACGGACCACGCAUUGACCCAAAGGAGAGGGAAUAAUUUUGAGAAACAUUCUAUCGCUUCUCUCCACGCGACGAAUGAUGCAGAGUUACAUAGGAGUGGUCAUGGCAGUGGCGGUCUUAGCAGGAGUUAGGGCGAAAGCUCCACAUAACGUUUCUUGCGGUGAUGGGGAAUGCUUUAUUGUCUUCAAAGAAACAGCAGACUUUGUAUCAGCACAAAAGAAAUGUAAGGAAAUCGUAGGGGAUUUAAUGACGGUGCGAACAGCAAAAUCAAAUCAUGUCUUGUCACGAUUAAUAAAUGAUCUUCCUGGGGAUUUCUGGAUUGGCCUCAAAUACUCUGGUGAACGGUGCUCUGAUGCAUCGAGUGUUUUGAAAGGGUACACUUGGACAACAGGAGACAACACAACUGAUUACGAAAACUGGAAAAAUAAUGGCAGCGUGUGUUCUCCACACUGCGUGUCAGUGUCCAGAGAAGAUCUCACAUGGACUGAGCGACCGUGCAGCGACAGAAUUGAAGGAUAUCUGUGUGAGUACAAGGAUCCCGAGAUGUGUGACAGGUUGCCGUCGGACGGCAAAACGUCCGUUCUAUAUACAACGCAUUGGGGAUUUGAGGGAGAGAAUCUAAUUUCACUUCCACAAGGGAGCAUCGGGACGCAUAGGCCAGAGGGAACAAGGCAUCUUUGUUUUUCCCGUACGUGGCGUAAAGCUCCUUGGAGCUGUGAAGUUUUCUCGGGUGGCUGCGAACAAAACUGCGCAAUGAAUGGCACAGACUACCAGUGCACCUGCUCGGACGGGUAUGUAAUAGCAGAAAACGGAGUCAGCUGCAUCAAAGCACCAGAGGACCCCUGUGAUCAAGCUGGAUGUGCACAGCGAUGCUCAAAGGUAAAUAAUACAGUUCAGUGUCAUUGUGACCAUGGAUACGAACUGGGCAAAGACGGGAAGAGUUGCGAUGACAUCGAUGAAUGUGCCGAUAAAAGUCGGUGUUCAGGAGAACACAUGGAGUGUGUCAACAAAAAUGGUUCAUUUGAGUGUCGCUGCGAGAGCGGCUACGAGAUGAAUAAUAACACAUGUGCUGACCUAAACGAAUGCGCAUUACGUCCGUGUGAGCAUGAUUGUAUCAAUACAAACGGAGGAUUCAACUGCGUUUGUUUUGAUGGAUAUACUGUCUCACCAACGGACAGAACCCGAUGCGACUUUCAAUGCUCUCGGACAGAGUGCCCUAUCAUUUGCGACCGCAACACGGGUUGUAAAUGUCCAGUAAAUUACGUCGCCGACAAGAGGGCAACAGGGACGUACUGCGUCGACACUGGUGAGUGCCAAGGACCUCACAUGUGUGAUCACCGCUGCAACAAUACAUUCGGCGGUUAUGUGUGUUCCUGUUGGGAAGGAUUCGAGCUUGUCAAUGAACGUAAUUGUAUAAAGAUCUCGAGUCCCACAACCCCUCGCAACCUCUUUACAUCUACUGUCAGAACCACGACAUCGCCUCACCUGUCUGCUGUUGCUCCUGUUGGAAUAGUAGUAUUAAUAGUAGCGACAAGUCUCUUUAUUAUAUAUGUUGUUCGCUUCAUAAUUAUGGCUCGAUGUAAACUUUAUAACUUAAAUGCGCACAAAAGGCUUGAAGAAGAUGACAACGAUUCACAAUUGACUUUGAAAAAAUACAUUAAGAAAUCCACCACUUCGGACUGGUACAUGAAACAAGAAAUCAUUGACAUUUAAAUGGUGUAGAACGAAAGGCUGUUUUACAGUCAUCAUAGUCGUAUUAACUGGACUUCAAAAAACCUGUAAAGCAUCUACAUAGUUUUGCUCUGUUCAUUUCCCCCCCGAGAGAUUUGUCCCAUAUCAACGGGCAUAU